AAAGGAGCAGUCCCGUGGUCUUGUAACAUGGCGGCCUCGAAUCGCGAAAGGUUUGGAGGGCCCGCUAAAGCGUGAAUUAAGUUUAGGACCACCGUGUUUCUUUUGCAUUCUGGGAGUGAUCAACAAUUUAUUCACCAAUGUUGAAGCAGCUGCAAAUGGGACUUCGCGCCUUCCUUCUUGUGGCUUCGAAGAUAUGGAGUUUUAUAUGUUAUGUUAUUAGAAAGCAGUUCCGAGCGGUGAUUCAACAUCAGACAAUCAAGUACGAUGUGCUACCCCUAUCCCCCCUCUCGAAACACAGAUUGAGUUUAGUGAGGAAAAAAAUUCUGGUCCUGGACUUGGACGAAACUCUGAUCCAUUCGCAGCACGACGGAGUCGUCCGUCAAAUGGUGAAGCCCGGAACUCCGCCGGACUUUGUUCUAAAGGUCACAAUAGAUCGGCACCCUGUGCGAUUUUUUGUUCAUAAAAGGCCACACGUCGACUACUUUUUGGAUAUAGUAAGCCAGUGGUAUGAGCUGGUAGUGUUUACAGCGAGCAUGGAAAUUUAUGGAGCUGCUGUAGCAGAUAAACUAGAUAACAACAGAGGCAUAUUGAGAAAGAGAUAUUAUCGACAGCAUUGUACCCUAGAUUAUGGGAGUUAUACCAAAGAUUUAUCUGCUAUAACGCAAGAUCUCUCAAGCAUUUUCAUCCUGGACAAUUCUCCGGGGGCUUAUCGGUCCUAUCCUGACAAUGCUAUCCCCAUCAAGUCAUGGUUUUCUGACCCACGCGACAUAGCCCUACUCAACUUACUACCUGUAUUGGAUGCACUGCGUUUCACCAGCGACGUUCGGUCGGUGUUAAGUCGUAACCUGCAUCUUCACAGCAUGUGGUAGCAGCGGCAAUGAAUGAAGAUUCCUGAGAGCGUGUGGCAUGUUAUGCAACGACAUCAGAAGACAAGCUGUCAAGGAUCAUCGUGUCCCCCCACCACCACCACCAUUCCGCCCCGUCCCCUCGAAAAACAGUCCCCCCAAAACUUCUCCAUCCCUGUUUGACACUGCCGCGCCAUCUUCAUGUGUGACUGCCAUCUGGUCGGCGCUGCCAAAACAAAGCUUUGCUCCGCGAGUGGUACCACCUCGACAUCUCCCCUUCGACUCCCCCCUCCCCGAAAAAGAAAAGUGUGUCAUAUCGCCACCAGGUGACGUCGAGCAGAGACAACUGCGUCCCGUGGUGUGUCGAAGAGUAGGACACGCGAAGUGGUUGUGAGAGGUAGAACUCCUGUCGGUUAAAAAAAAGCAUCGAGAACUGCUUCACCUUUUUUUUUUUUUUUUUUUUGAGAGUCCCGAAGAAUUAUCUACCCCCGUUGAUGUCAUCCCUUCGAGAGAAUUUGACUACCUGCCAUCGAGGACGUGUUGUAAAUAGUGUGACUAGGCAAAUGGGACUACCAAAGUUCGACGACGUCUGUGGAGAGUUUUUUUUUUUUGUGGGUUAUGCGACUGAAAGUUUUCGAAAACCCCGACUGCGGUAUGGACCGACUUUGAACGGUGUUUCAGACGCGAUUCACUCCUUGCAUCGUAAUGCGCAUUAACGACCGGGUAUCGACCCCGCCAUCUUGUUUAAGCGCGGAGGUGUGUGACGUGAAAAGAAAAUGGUUCAGAUGCAAGCUUGAGUAAUAAUGUUUCAAGAAUUGUGAACACAUUUGAAUGAGAUUAAAAUUGUAACUCCCGAAAGUGUCAGACUUCAUUCAAGAGCCAGUUGAUGUUUCGAUCAACACUUUCACGUGUUACAAGAAGCUCUUGGAUGUUCUGAAGUAGAGAAAGAGACCAUUAAACAUAUUUCAGCCCAAAACAACGGAGGUUUCGCAAGUUACGCAUGACGAAAUGUCUAUUACCGUUUCAGAUUAAUAAUUUCUUGUUGUGCUACAGUACUUGAUUUUCUUUUCUUUUGUUUUUUUGUGUUCUAAUUGCAAAAGUAGUUCAUUUUAUUGUUUGAUGGGUGCCAAUGUGCUGUCAGAAAUCAUUUGAUAACAUCACAGGCUCGACUUGAAAUCGGGUCACUACUUUUACACAUGUACGACUGGAUUUUCUUUUUUUUUUUAAAUUUGGGUAUUUACUGCUUUGUAUUGACAUUCAAAACACACAAAAAGUCAAUAUGAACAAAAAUGUGUGGAAUGCACCUGAUGGGAUCUCCAUCCCUGUCCAUUUUCGGGGUUUGCCGCCGUAGAUUUCCUGGAAAAGGGGCAAAACUACAUGACUCAAUUAUCAGCGCAAUACUAUUGGACGCGUUCUGCUUCUGUUUAUGGUGCAACAAUUUUUAAAGAGCACGCAUAUUAUAUUUAAGAUGUUUUUUUGUUUUUUUUUAGACAGCCAAUAAUUCUCAUUCCGUUUGAACGGCCAAGGGUUCGCGCCACCUUCACAAAGUGUGUCUUUUUUUUUGUUUUUUGAAGUUGUCCAAGCUAUCCGCAGAGUGUCAGAUACGGUCAUCUUGUGCGGAGUGAAGCAGACGUCCGUUUCUGGUUGCUGGUGUCACUCACCAGGGAGGGCGCUACGAGCAUGACAUGCUGGAAGAAGUAGGAUGUGUCUGUAUGUCUUAUCAUGCAUUUUAGUGUUGUGGAAGUCGUUCCAUCCUUGAACUAAGUCAUGCUAAGUUAUUUGAAAUAAUUUGCUCAUGUUUGAAAGUCACGCAGACUCUUGUCUCAACUCGUGUAGCUUUCGGAAUCUGUUGUAGAUGUUACGUUCAUCCACAUCGGCAUGACUAAUGCCAUUUUAAUUUGUAGUAUGAUCUAGAGAUUUGAGUCUUUAUGGUUUCUCAUGUUGAAAGAAAGAAAAAAUGUACAUUUUGUAUAUAGCGUCAACAACGGUUAGAGACGAAGAUACGGCUCACAAUUUUUUGUACAAACAUCCUGUGAUUGUACAAAUUACAAGAUAAUAAAUUUAGCACAGCUUUAA